AUGAUUCAGGUUGAAAACAAUCAAGUUCUGCUAUUCAAAAUCAACAGAUUACCACAAACUUCAAAGAUCCUUGGGGCGGAGCUUCAUUACCUUCAUUCUUCUUGCCAGGAAAUUCAGUGCAAUCAUUCUGACAAAAAAGGCAGACGUUCACCCAGAUAUCUGCACUUCUGCUUUCACCAGUCGGUCGCAAACCAACCACUGCAGCUCAUCGGGAGCAGGCGUAUCUUCACAAGACCCAACAGAUGGAUGGUAAUCGAGCUCAACAAUUCGGUAAUACUCAGCAGUGAAGCACAGAUCAAAUUCUCAGUUACCUUGUCGCCACCUUCUAAAUGCCGCAUGCAACCAGUAUCCAGACAGUGUACGCAAAGCUCAUUUUUUCGACAGAACGGUGCAUUUAUGGUAAUUUACUUGAGGGAGGAACACCACUCUAUCCGAACGUUAUCACCCCCGCGGAACGCCGUCUUCAACCUCGGCAGCGACAUCACCGGAAGCGUGCACCUCACAACUAUUGUGCCAAACUUGAACAAAUCCAACGAACAGGUCGCCAAAAGAAGAGAACUGCAGAAAAACAGUGAACCAGUAUAUCAACAGCCAGGCAACAGCCACGCCCUGUUUCAGCGGAUUCGAGCAAACGGUCAAAAGAGAGCAGAUAUCAAUGAAACAAUAUGCGAAGAAGACGGAACGGUGAUUCAUUUCGUCAAUUGUCGUCUUGAACGUCCAGCUGAGCCCAUUCAAGACAACCGCUGGAAAGACCAAGCGGAACUGAAUGAAACGUCGACACUAACCCGCCAUCAAAAACGGAAAACCAGCAUGAUAUAUCAACCCUACACCACUAUAAGUGCGCAAGAAGGCUAUGCAAAAAGUAUCAUGUUAUCAGCCCAGUAUCCGUCGCAUCUAAGGUGCUCUUCAGCAUUAUUUUGCUCAGUACCACCCCUUCAAACAUCCGACGUUCGUCGUCUUUCUGAAUCUGAAGACUAUUUUUUAUUCUGCCGAUCGUCAGAAACUGUGGCGACCGAAGGUGUCCGUUCCAAGUUUAUAUCCCUAAUGAGGGUACUGUAUGUGAACCAUUGUGGGCGCGUGCGAGUAUACGGGAAGUUUUCGCCUGAGUUCACCACGUCCAGUAGUGUUAGACAAUGCUGUCCUCCUUCACCUUCCCCCGUCAAAUUUUUCAUCGAUUUGCUGCAUGAAAUUCCUUUGCAUUGUGAAGAGGGCCUACAAAACUGGGUGGGAUCAGACCCAAACCUGAUGCUUGCAGAAGAGCCAAUCGAAUUGCUGGAGAUGGGAUUGUCUCUCGAAUCGAGAGGGCCAGUACAGCCUUUGCUAAUCUCCGACACCUAUUGCGCCCACGUGACGUCAGUUUUCUGUCAAGGCGGUGCGAUCCAUACUGCUUCAUGGGUUAGAAACCUGGCCUCGAUGUUCAGAGAACAUACGCUAUCAGUGAGUGUUUUCAAAGCACUGGUUGAGUCUGGUGGGAAAAUCGGAUUAGUUAUGCUGAGGUACGCCAGGU